AUGAGAAGAGGCAAGAGGCGGGUAGCAGAGAAAGUUGAAGAUGAUCAAGAAAGUCAACAACUUGGCCUUUCUUUUGCUGAUCUUCCAUCCCACAUCAUUGGCCACAUUCUGCUAAGACUUCCCAUUAAGUCUGUUUUCAUAUGUAAAUGUGUUUGUAAAAGUUGGAAAGCUUUGAUCUUAGACCCAAAAUUUGCCAAGCUGCACUUUGAGCAUGCCCCGGUUGCUCUGUUACGGGGCAUGGAUCCGGGGCGGGGCAUGGAUCUGGGACGAGGGUCAAGAAUCGUACAACUUCUUGAGUUUGAGCCUGAAACUUUUGAAAAUGAUGAUGACCAACUAUAUUGCUGGGAGGACUUAUUACCCGAAUGCAACUUUCACUUGAAGCUUGAGAACAAACUCAAGCUUCCUCUUCCUAGUGCCAGACUAGUUGUGGUGAAUUCUUGUAAUGGCUUGCUUUGUUUGUCUAAUCUGGACAGAGACUAUUUUGUUGUUUGCAACCCAAUAACAGGUGAGUUCAUAAGACUUCCACAAGCUACUAGAGUUGAUAAUACUGAUGGUGUCCGGCACAAAGAAGUAUACUGUGGUUUUGGUUUCCAACCCAAAACUAAUGAAUAUAAGGUGGUAAGAAUAUUGAAGAGACAUUUAGUCCGGUUUCAGGAGAAUAAGGAAUGUAUGGCUGUUGAAAUGCACACACUAGGGACAUCAACAUGGAAGAAUGUUGAUGUUGAUCCUAGGGAUUUUAAAUGGCUUGAAUUUCCUGCGGUCUUUAAAGGGCUUGGAUUUCCUACUUGUGUGAGUGGAGCACUUCAUUGGAUUAGUUUUUAUUACAGGACAAUAUUGUGUUUUGACUUUGAAGGUGAGAGGUUCCAAUCCUUCCCUUCUCCUCCUCAUUUAUUUGAAAACAGAAAAGAUACAAGGCAUAUCACCAUGGGAGAAUUAAGGGGAUCUCUUUACAUAUGUGAUUCAUCUUCACCUUCUAAAUCUUCAGUGGGUACUCCUUUCACGAUGGGUACUCCUUUCACGAUGUGGAUUAUGAUGAAAUAUGGUUUCGGAGAAUCAUGGACUAAGGUUUUUAGCAUUGAUCCCGUGGGCAGAUAUCGCUGGCCUUGUGGUGGUUUAUGUUGGCCAGUACAACAAUUUAAAAAUGGUGCUGCUAUGUUGAUGUAUCAUUCCGACAAUUGCUUUAUCUACCAUGAACCUGAAAAGCAUAGAUUCAAACUUUUUAAGGUUCGUGGGACUCAAUCAUCAUUUGAGGUUAUUCCUCAUUUUUCCAAUUUCAUCUCAUUGAAGGAUGCUGUGAAAGGAGACAAUAUUGAGGUGCUGAAUGUCCACUCAAGGUGUGCAGAGUUGAAAUUGCAUGAACAAAAUGAAGUUCUUUUUUUGACUAAAGUUCUGAACAUUGAAGUGACAAAAUUGGAUUACAUAUCAUCUAAUGAUGAAGAUAGUGAAGAUGAAGAAGAACAGGGUGAAGAGCACACCUCCUAA